UUGGAUGCAGUUCCCCGUGUCUCCAUGCGUAAUUGUCCGUGGCCGCAUUGGAUUGGUUGACUAUUCAGACAAUGACAUGUUUAUUUAAUGUCUUGAAUAAAUAAUUGAUAUAUUUGAAAUGGUUUUAAAUAUAUUUGCUAGUACUCCAAUAUUCCGGGUGUUUCGGAUGUCAUUUGUUACCCAGAUAUAAUUGCGCUGACAUGCCCCCAGGAGCUGUUAUUUCUAGGUGGCGUCCAGAGGUGCGAUAUGUCCGCAGAAACAUUUUCUAUACAUUUUUCCGCCGUGCGUUUUGAGUAAUGUCCAUAAAACAGAGCGUGUUUCUGACUUGGUUACUAUGAAUGUGCGCUCUGGGCGGACGAUGCAGAUUAGUCAUUUACAUCUCACAUGCCCACAUGCACGUCUGUGGGUAGGCAUUUUUCGGGGUUGCAUGUUCAUGGAUAAAAAACAACCAGCAUGGUCGUGGAUACAAAUGGAACUUUCAACCACAGCAACAUGAGAUCUUACGCGACAGAGACAGCGGAAGAGCCUGGCGCAACUAACAUGAUUUCGGAGGCGCUCGUUCCACACUUGCUGAAGAUUGUGCAAGAGGCAGCGGAGGCGGUGUCCCCCACUUCGCAGUCUUCAACUCUGCUGAUGGAGAACAGCACCGGGUGCGGGGAACAAAUUCGGAACUACGACAAGGUGGAGAAAGUAUUUAUUGGAGCGAUCCUCACCACGCUCACGCUGUUUACUAUCUGCGGGAACUUGCUGGUGGUGAUUUCGGUGUGCUUCGUGAAAAAGUUACGGCAGCCGUCCAACUAUCUGAUCGUGUCUCUGGCGGUUGCCGAUCUUUCAAUCGCGCUAGCAGUUAUGCCGUUUGUCAGUAUAACGGACCUUAUUGGGGGGCAAUGGGUUUUUGGCCGAGUCUUCUGUAAUGUUUUUAUUGCCAUGGACGUGAUGUGUUGCACUGCAUCCAUAAUGACGCUGUGCGUAAUUAGCAUAGACAGGUACCUGGGCAUAACCAAGCCUCUGACCUACCCUAUGAGGCAGAAUGUCUGUUGCAUGGCCAAGAUGGUGCUGUCCGUGUGGCUCCUCGCUGCCUCCAUCACCCUGCCCCCCCUCUUCGGCUGGGCCCAGAACGUAAACGACAACGAGGUGUGUCUGAUCAGCCAGGACUUUGGUUACACCAUCUACUCCACCUCAGUGGCGUUCUACAUCCCCGUAUCCGUCAUGCUCAUUAUGUACUACCGCAUCUACCGCGCCGCCAAGCUCAGCGCCGCCAAGCACACCAUCACGGGCUUCCCGCGGGUCGGGGAGGAGGCGGCGCGGGGGGAAGAGGAGGAAGCCAUGGAGGAACAGGAGGAGGAAGAGGACAGCGUGGACUGUGUGUCGGCCGCUCUGAGGCUCCACAGGGAGGUGGAGGAGCGAUUCUCCCGGCUCGUGAGGAGCAACCGGAGGAACACGUCCAUCUUCAAGCGGGAGCAGAAGGCAGCAGCCACCCUGGGGAUCGUGGUAGGAGCCUUCAGUGUCUGCUGGAUGCCUUUCUUCUUACUGUCCACGGCCAGACCCUUCAUCUGCAGGGCGGACUGCCCUAGCUGUGUGCCCUUGUGGGUGGAGAGGACCCUGUUGUGGCUGGGCUAUGCCAACUCCCUCCUCAACCCUUUCAUCUACGCCUUCUUCAACAGGGAUCUGAGGACCACCUACAGCAACCUGCUGCGCUGUCGUUAUCGCAACAUCAACCGCAAGCUGUCCGCCGUCGGGAUGCACCAGGCCCUCAAACUGGUUGAAAAGACUCACUCUGUUAUCUAAAUGUGACCAUGGUAUUGUUGUUGUGGUAUUGUGGCAGCUGCUAUCUAAAUGGUGUUAUUGUUGUGGUAUUGUGGGAGUUGCCAUUUAAAUGGUGUUAUUGUUGUGGUAUUGUGGGAGUUGCCAUCUAAAUGGUGUUAUUGUUGUGGUAUUGUGGCAGCUGCUAUCUAAAUGGUGUUAUUGUUGUGGUUUUGUGGGAGUUGCUAUCUAAAUGGUGUUAUUGUUGUGGUUUUGUGGGAGUUGCCAUCUAAAUGGUGUUAUUGUUGUGGUAUUGUGGCAGCUGCUAUCUAAAUGGUGUUAUUGUUGUGGUUUUGUGGGAGUUGCUAUCUAAAUGGUGUUAUUGUUGUGGUAUUGUGGGAGUUGCUAUCUAAAUGGUGUUAUUGUUGUGGUAUUGUGGGAGUUGCUAUCUAAAUGGUGUUAUUGUUGUGGUAUUGUGGGAGUUGCCAUCUAAAUGGUGUUAUUGUUGUGGUAUUGUGGGAGUUGCCAUCUAAAUGGUGUUAUUGUUGUGGUAUUGUGGGAGUUGCCACACUGAGAAAGUCUUAGGUCAAUGGCAUCUGCUUGCCUGGUCCACUACUCAAGAUCUUACAUGUCCAGACAGUCUAAAACAGGGCUCUGUCACGACUUCCGCCGAAGUUGGCUCCCCUGCCUGUUCGGGCGGUGCUCGGUGGUCGUCGUCACCAUCCUACUAGCCGCCACCGAUCCUUUUUUCGUUUUUCUGUUUGUUUUGUCUUAUUAGUUGCACCUGUGUCUAUUUGCGUGUGCUAGAUGGGCUUCCUUAUUUAAAGUGCAUAUACCCGCCCUUGUUUUGUGCAGGAUUAUUCUUGUGUUAUUUAGGUGUGUUCGUGUUCUGGACCUGGUACCCUGUGUUGUGGGUUGGUGUUGUGGGUUGGUCCCUGUGUUGUGGGUUGGUCCCUGUG